UAACACAUCCUCUCAAUCUUGCACACAUCCAAGCCCUACCAUUACCAUCUUCUCAUUUUUUUGGUUAACUUUCAGCCACACCCAAAUGGCUCUCAAGGGGAUGGAGGUAGGCCUAGCCAUGGUCCUUGUGACUAUUUUCUUAUGGUCCCAUGCCGCAGGUCAGUCGAGUUGCACGACAACAGUCAUUAGCUUGUCCCCAUGUUUGAACUACGUUACAGGCAAUUCAUCGACCCCAUCAACUUCGUGCUGCACCCAGCUUGCGAGUGUAGUAAAGUCUCAGCCGCAGUGUCUGUGCACGGUCCUUAAUGGAGGCGGCUCGUCAUUGGGGAUCACUAUCAACGAAACGCAGGCAUUGGCACUCCCCGGCGCUUGCAAAGUCCAAACUCCGCCUGUGAGUCAAUGCAACGGUAAAAGCCCAUCUGCCGGCGGACCAACCACUUCUCCAGUGGAUUCUCCACUGGGAACACCAGCCUCAGGAGGUGGUUCUAAAACCAUUCCAUCAACAGGUGGGGAUUCAUCAGAUGCAAGCUCCACUAUCACAUUGUCCCUCUCUGUCUUCUUCGUCUCCCUCUUCAUUGCAUCAUAUGCCUCCACUCUCACCAGCUUCUGAGCAUUGAACAGUGGAUUGACCUUUGUAUUACUAUGCUGAUAUAUAUAUAUAUAUAUAUAUAUACACGAGUGCUACAAUUGUAUUGUACUUUAUUAUUAUUAUUAUUAUUACUAGAGACUUCAUUUGAGGUUGUUCUGGGUUGUAAAACAUAUACAUGUAGAGGGGAGUGUACUAUUUCUCCGUAGAGACAUUUAUCUGGGUUUGAUUUACGUAUCUUUAUAUGUAUAAACGAAGAGCACGAGGAGCCUUCGGGCUCUUCUUUCUUCUUUUCUUUUCCUUUUCUAUAUAA